AUGUCUUCAUCUUCUUUUUCAGAUGCCGAAGAGUCUAAUAUUACACCAUCAAUGACAUUAACAUUAUUUUUAAAGAAUGCAGUAGAUUUAUUAGGACUAAUUGAAAGAGUAACUCGAUGCUUAUGUAGUGCUAAAUAUCCAACUAUUAACCUUGUUUAUCCAUAUAUGGAAUUACUCAAAAAAAGGUUUGCUCCAAAGACAAAUGAAACGGUUGAAACCUAUCUGAAAUUGAUUUAUAGAAAAGUUGAAAAUAAAGAGAAUGAAAGUGAUGAAUCAGAUGAUAAUAUUCCUACUGCUAAAGAUACUGACCAGGUAGAAUAUUUGCCCUCUAUUACUACUGAUGGCUUACUUUGUAAACUUAGAGCUGCUAUUUAUCUUUCAUUAGAUGAAUUAUGA